CACUAAUCAGCUGUUAAAUGCACCGUUAAACGUCUUAAAAAAAUGUCCAUUUUGAAGAGAGAAAAUGCACUGGUGCUCACCACACCAAAACGCAUUGAGCUGCUCAAAGACGGUCCGCCAGCUACAGCAAGGUCCAACAGGUGUCAAAUUUUGGGCCGAGGCGCCUAUGGCACAGUCUUCAAGGCUAUUUAUAGAGAGCAUGCAGUUGCAUUAAAAAUCAUUAAAGCCGGCGCCGUAUCCACUUUGCAAAAUGAGGCGCACAUUUUGAACUGGAAGCACAAAAAUAUUGUGCGAUUGAUUAAGCUGGAAUCGACGCCCGAGUUUGGUUUGCUCAUCAUGGAGCUGCCCAGUGGGUUGUGUCUCCAGCGUGUGUUAGACACGCUCGCGCUGCCGCUGCUGCACAGAGUGUUCAUAACCCUUGAUAUUCUCGCUGCGCUGCGAUACUGUCAUUGCCAGCAGGUGUUGCAUCUGGAUGUGAAGCCUCCAAAUGUGUUGGUUGCCCUGGGCACCAAGCAGGCAGGAUUUGGUAGACUGGAGCAGUCCAAGCGUCGCUACAUCUGCAAGCUCUGUGACUUUGGCAGCUCCAUUCGCUUGGGCGAUGAGCAAUGCGGUGUCAAGGGCACAUUGCGCUACAUGUCGCCCGAAGCCUUGCGUUCGUUGCCUCUGAGCAGCGCCUCGGAUAUUUACUCCUUGGGCAUUACCAUGUGGCAGUUGCAGUCGCGUCGCUUGCCCUUCCAUACGCUCAACUGCAAUGAAUCCAUUGCCUAUCAGGUAGUGAAGCACGAUCUGCGACCCGAUAACUACGCGCUGCUAGAGUCGCUUAAGAUGGCCAACGAGCCGUUGCCCUUGAGUGGCUGUUACUGUGCAACGGACUGGCCAGACAGCUCUGUGGAGCUCAUCUGCAGCUAUAUAGGUCGGAUUAGGCCCCAAGUGGAUGUGCUCCUCUCCACGGAUGUCUACAAAAAGGUGCGUCGCAAUCUGAACUUUGAAGCCAACCACGGCCGAGUCCAUAAGCGACACAAGCAGCGCAAGCAGCCCCGACUAGCGCACUAUUUCGACGAGCCAUCAUGCGAUCAGGUGUCCAGGAGUCUGGAGGGCGCCUAUAGCGAGCUAUACAGAGGCUGUUGGCUGAGCCAACCCGAGCUGCGCCUAAACGCUGUCCAGCUACAAAAACGCCUGGAGCUGAUCCUAAACAAGUAUAUAUCUACCUAAUUUUUAAAAGCCUGCGAGAAUUUUAGCGUAUAAUUAAGUUA